AUGGUCGAGUACAAACGAGUUGCGCACGCCGGAGCCGCUGGCAGUCUCGGUGCCACCGUUUUCAAAGCCCUGAUCGACGCCGGCUUCGAAGUGACGGCGCUGGUCCGCACGGCCGGCAAGCUCCCAAGCGAGCACGCGGGCAAGUACAAAGAAGUCGUCGUCGACUUCUCCUCUGUAGCAUCCCUGACGGACGCCCUGCGCGGCCAAGACGCGCUCGUCAGCACCGUCGGCGCGGCCGGGCUGGCGGGGCAGGAGCAGCUAGUGCAGGCCGCCGUCGCUGCUGGGGUCAAGCGCAUCCUCCCGUCCGAGUACGGCUGCGACAUAUCCCAGCCGGCGACGCACGGCCUGAUGCCGUUUCUCGACAAGAUCAAGAUCGUGGCUCUGGUGGAGGGCGAGGCGGCCAAGAACCCGCAGCUGACCUACACCUUGGUCACCAACAACAUCUUCCUCGACUGGUGUCUCGAGUUCGGCCUGUUGGGCGACCUGCGCACCAAAAAGGCCACGACCGUCGACGGUGGCAGCGACCGCGGCAGCCUGACGCGCCUCGGGACCGUCGCCGCUGCUGUCGUGGCCGUGUUGCGCAACCCGGACCUGACGGCGAACCAGCGGGUGCGGGUGCACGACGGCGCUCUGUCGCACAACGAGGUCCUCGAGGCCAUUAAGGAGGUCACGGGUGCAGAUGGGUGGGUGGUUGAUGAUGAGAAGUCGCCGGAUGUCAAGGCAAAGUCGGACCAGGCGCUGGCAAAGGGCGUGUUUGAGCCGUGGGUGUUUGUUGGGUACAUACGCACCACGGCGUUUUCCCCUGCCGCCAAGGCGGAUUUUACGGGUAGGACGUGGAAUGCCAAGCUCGGGCUCAAGGAGUACUCGCCUGAGGAGACAAAGGGGUUGAUUAAGGAUAUUGUCAAGGGGAUUUUGGCAGCGUCAAAGUAG